AUGGUCACCUCUCACAUGGGUUCUGCUUCCUCGGCAUCAUCGUCGUCGCUGGCAGUCACGCUCCCACACUCUCCACUCGGACGUGUGUCGCCUUCGUCUCCGCAUCCGCAUCUCAACGCGCACCACGAUGCUUCCGCUUUGCCUCCUAGUCAGCUCAGUCAGUCACAGCGUCGCCUCUCUCAAAUCAUGCCCGCACAAGCUUCAUUGACCCGCCGCCAAGAUGCAUGUACGUCGCAGACAGCACCUAUCUGCUCAUCCACGAGCGGCCCAGCGUCGUCCUCGUCCACCACCAAUCACGCACCGCUCGUACCGUCUCGGCUGCAUACGACACCACGCAAAUCAAGUCUACGCCUCAGCCACCCACCUCCUGCACCCUCGUCCUCCUUUCUUCUCCAAGUCACUCCUCAGUCAAAGAGAACACGUUUCACCUCCCACGAAUCCAGCUCGCCAAACAUGGCCGCAUCCCCAUUCGCCGAGUCUUCAAGUGCUCUCGACAAAGUCAUCACUAGCUCCGCCGACACAGGCAUAUCAUCUUCGCCAUCUCUCUCUCGCGUUCGCCCGCUUUCAGGUAUCUCACGUCCGCUACCUCUGCCUCCAACGCCAUCACGUCCACCGCACCCCCCACACUCCAUCACUAGCCCCAACUCCUUGAUACCCAUGCCUCAACACAGUGUUGAAGACUUUCGAAAACUCUUGCCACACCUGCAUCCCAUAGCCUCCCUCAAUCAAUGUCCCGAAACUCCAAAGCGCACAUUGCUCCAGCAUAUUCCACCACAACCCCCGAUCCCAACACAGACACCCCACUUCCCGGCGUCACCCAGCCUUGACUCGGCUGUCCCUACAAUCCAGAAGCUGCUACCCAGGUCAGGCUGGUUUUUGACCGGUUUCCGCUCCUUUGACCUGGAUCUCGAUCGCAUAGCACAGCUCGUUCAGCUUGAACACCAACGCCUUCACCGUUCUCACGACCUUGACAUAUCCUACGAGCCUCGCAUUCAGCCAACUUUUCACUCCUCUGAUCACUCCAACCUACCGGUCUUCGGCUACUCAGACCGCGGUCUUCCAUCCGGCUCCAUUCUAGAAGUCCUAGGUCCGCCAGGUAGCGGCAAAUCAAGUCUGCUCCUCCAAUUCGCCAUCACUGAAAGGCUGCGUGCGCUACGCCGCGCUCGAGAAUCACUCAUCGAGCCGCACGACCUUGCCCAAGCAGUACGAAAUACGGACGCUCAAGACGAACCCCAUGCUGCUGGUUCGUCUUUCUUUUCAGACGAGUUCUGGGAUGCCGAAAUUGCCAAUGCAGAUCAGGUCUUGAUCCUCGACUGCGAAGGCGCAAUGACUCCAGAGAAGCUAGCCGACGCCGCUUGGACUGCUGCGAUUACACUAUGGACAUCUCUAGAUCCAACACAAAGCGCCGAUCGUGUGGAUUCAAUCUAUACAACGGUGCAAGACCAACGCUCAGCGAUGCCCGAGGAGGUACGUCGCCUAGUGGCAGCAGUUCUCGCAGGUCUUCACGUUAGCCGUGUCACAAGCUUAGCUGGCCUUGUCGCGCUAUUACAUUCAUUGCGGCCAACCGAUGAGUUGCAGCACGGCUCCACCAGAAAAACCAUGCCAUCAUCCUUACCGUCCAGAACAUCCUUGAUCCUCAUCGACUCGCUCUCUUACUAUCUUCGACCAUCAGGCGGCGGCAGUCAGGAUCGCAAGGUAGCUGCACAGAUUAGCGAGCGCGUCCGUGAUAUGCUGAUUCGCCUUCAAAUGCCGCUCGAGUACCGGCCACAGUCCGAUCAGACGAUCGAGGAGCAACUAGCAGCGAGGCAGCAGUGUUUAGACGCUGCCCAGAAAGUGUGUUCCCCUACCAUUGUAUUCACAAACCAGCUCGCGAUUCGACGCAGCCGCAAAGAGUCGGAUGCGUCGGCCAGAUCGAGCCCAGCAGGCCGCGCAUCAAUGGGUGCGCCUAAUCGGUCUUCGAACAGAAAUCAUGCAUGCUCCGAGGGCGUCUCGACGCUGGCACCCCUCUUGAACGGAACAAGGCCGCCGCAACCAGCACGACUCCGCGAUGAAUGUCCUGCAUACAGCGUCGCGCUGGGUGGACCAGAGAUGGUGGACGACAACGAUCAGCAAGCGACAUUGCCGCGUCAUCGGCAGCCAUUCGAUAGUCGACGUACCGCUUCCCAGCCCCUGACCCACGAUCGAGGUUGGCCACCAAGCUUUCUCGGCCAGGAUGUAUGGCGUAUGCUGCUCUUCCGUCAUGGCACAUUUGGAAACCGAUAUGCUCAGAUAGUCUCGGUACCACCAGCAGUUCAAACAGAGCUGAGCGAGCUUUGGACGCAGACAAGGGAGCGUGUGACUGCUAGAGCGCGUGCAUGCGAGCAACCGCAAGCUUCGGCGCAAACAUCAUUGCAGCAACCAGCCCAUACACAAGGUGGCGACCAAGUGCAGGCAGAUACAUCAUUGCCAACUUGCGCUUCCCAUCAAACCGAGGAAGAGCAUGACAAACACAUGCUCAAGCUGCUCAGCCAGCUCAGAGCGAGCCUGUUCCGAUGGCGCCCCUUUACGAUCAAUUCGUUCGGCCUUAUCUCUUGA